UUGGUGAACGAGCCUCUGUGUCGUGUGUGCUUGUGCGGGUUUAUUCUAUUCCAGGGGCGAGUGUUAUUAUAAGGCCUACAAUUGAAUGCACCUGAGCGAAUAUAUGCUGAAUAAUACAUUUUAACACAUGCUCAUUUGAAGCGUUUCUAGCAAAUAACAAAAUCAACAUAAACAUGGCUGAAUUACCGAUGGGGAAAGGGGUCUCCGCAGGAAAAAUAGCAAGCAAUGUACAGAAAAAAAUUACCAGGGCUCAGGAAAAGACACAUUUAUAGGAUAAUACAGGUAUCCAGGUUUAACCUGUGUCGUUCUCAUCAAUGCAAGGAAGCGCUCUCUCUCUGGUUCUUCAAAAGCUUGGCAAGGCAGAUGAGACUAAAGAUGUGGCAUUUGAAGAGGGUGUGAUCAACUUCAACAAACAGCUAGUCGAGGGUACCAAACUGCAGAAAGACCUUCGGGCCUAUUUGGCUGCUGUGAAAGCCAUGCAUGAGUCUUCUAAACAUCUGUACGAGUGCCUGGAUGAGAUGUAUGAGGCUGACUGGUAUGGCAAAAAGGAUGUGGACUCACUCCUGGAGGAUUCAGACAUCCUUUGGACAGACUUCCAUCAGAAACUUGUGGAUCAUGCGCUUAUAUCCAUGGACACUUACCUGGGCCAGUUUCCUGACAUCAAAGCUCGUAUUGCAAAGCGCGACAGGAAGCUGGUGGACUAUGACAGCGCACGACACAACUAUGCUGCGGUGAACAAAGGCAAGAAAAAGGAGGGGAUCAAGAUCACCAAGCCAGUUUCCCUGCUGGAGAGGGCUGCCCCAGGCUGGGCACAGGGCAUCCUGUCUGCCCAUAACGUGGCUCAAACCAACCUCACCAGGAGUCAGGCAGAGGAAGAGCUGGAAAGAGCACAGAAAGUGUUUGAGGAGAUUAAUAUAGAUUUGCAGGAGGAACUGCCAUCUCUGUGGAACAGUCGUGUUGGCUUUUAUGUGAAUACAUUCCAGAGUAUGGCUGGUCUGGAGGAGAAGUUUCACAGAGAAAUGGGAAAAAUUAAUCAGAAUCUGAAUGAUACGCUGGAGAAAUUAGAAAAUCAAGAUAUGUCCAGAAAAAAAGGUAGCCAAGGGGUGAGGACAUCAGCAGCCCAGAAGAGUGACAGAACACAAGUUGCCAAUCACACGUUGAGCCCAGGAGGACCGCCAGCCAUUCCCAAAUCUCCGUCCAAGCUAAAGCCUUUGGUUCCUCCACCUCCUAAAGUUACUCCAUCAAAGGAUAUGAAGCAGGAGAACAUUAUCAAUCUGUUUGGUGAGGCUGCCACUCCAAACAUCAGUGUCACUUCGCCAUCACAGUAUGAUGCUCCAGCCACUGCUAAUCUGCUUGACAUGGAUCUGGACUCACUUCAGGCUGCCACCACACCAGCCGCACAGACUUGGGAUUCAUGGGAGCAAACACAGAAUGAAGCUGAGGUGCCUCAGACAGGGGACGAUGAUGAUACCCAGCCUGUGCACUUUGGCUGGGGCGAUGAUGGCACUCAGGCUACCUGGGAUGAUGAUGGUAGCCAACCUGUACAUGCUCCGACCGCAUACCCCGCCUGGGAUGAUGAUGGCUCUCAGGGGAAUGUCAGUGAUUCUACCCAGCAGGCCCCCGGGUGUGACGAUGAUGGGGCUCAGGCCACAGAAAAGGCAGCUGUUACAGAAGAGGUGGUGGCUGAAAAUGAAACUGCACAGGCGACCACAGAGAGUGUAGAGAUGCCAGAAUCCUUCCUGUUUAAAGUGAAAACGAUGCACGACUACAAUGCCACUGACUCCGAUGAGUUGGAGUUGAAGGCUGGAGAUGUGGUGCUUGUAAUGAGCUAUGAAAACCCAGAAGAGCAGGAUGAAGGGUGGUUGAUGGGAGUCAGAGAGUCUGACUGGGUUCAGAAUAAAGAUCUUGGGAAAAAAGGGGUCUUUCCUGAAAACUUCACCCAGAGGAUGUGAAAGCCUGUGAUCCGCUUGAUCUUUUGUUAAACCCCUUCUACAUAACUCCUUACUGCUUCCCUUCAAAAAACACUGUACUAGACCAACACAUGCACAGCCACAGGCAGUCUGCUGGUUAUGUUUGUGAAAGCUUUUGACAAGUUAGUAUUUGCAUUGUUUUGGGUGUCCUCACUGUGACUCAUAUUUGACAUGGUGCAAGUUUAAGAAGAUUGCAUCAACCUUUGACUAAAUAAAUGGUAUUCUGUUAACUAGUAACAUACCCAGAGUAAGUCCUUGCUGUAGAUGUUUAUAGACAAGCCACUCUGAACCCUGUCCCAUUUUGUGUGGAGAUGUUUUAGGCCCAAUCCCAAUUCUAUUUUAUACCUCUUCCCCUUCCCCUUCCCAUUGUCCCUUAAAACAGAGUCCCAAGGGGUAGGGGAGAAGAUAUUCCCCUAAGGAUCGGGACACCACUACCAUGACGUCACACGUCAUCAGCGUUUGUCGUCUAGCUCAUACAAUGCACACAUAUGCUGGUGUGCAUUAGAGCCUUUAAUUAACAUUCUGUAUUAAUGAGCUGCUUACUGACACACACACACACACACACAUAUUGGAAAUCGCGCAGCUCACACAUCCAGGAGAGAAUAAACUUGUCAACGCUGCCCCAUGACUUUUAUUAAAUACAGUUUAAAUACUGAAUCGCUACAUUAUAUUUUACAGCGACAAAAGGACACAAUCACUUUGUUUUUAAAUUUGUUUUUAAGUAAACUCACUCUAAAAAGAUAAACGUACAGACGCAAAUACACGCAACCUCCAUUUCUCUCUCUCUCUCUCUCUCUCUCUCUCUCACGAAUAGGCAAUAAUUGAGUAAAUGGUUGAGCGAUUUCUAAUUAUUGGGGGAUUAGUCUACGGCCGUUAUCAUCCUGAUCAGACAUAUGCUGUGGCACUAUCAUGCAGUCUGUAAUGAUAUGACGUUAGCAAAUAUAAGCGAUUUUUUGCAAACAUUUCUUUAACAUGACCGUUAAUAUGAACUCACAAUUGAA